AUGACGGAGUUGCGUAGCGGAUUUUUGAAAAAACGCCACCGAAUAGUGGUGGCGUGGCGGGUUGAAGAUGGCGGCGCCAUGGCGGUCAUGGCGGAUAUGGUGGCGAGGCGGAAAAUGGCAGAAUUUUUUUUUUUUGUCCACGGUAGGAGUUGGGCUGACCCGACCCAACCCUACCCGUCCUCUUUUAUAGUUGAACCAUCAUCUGAUGCUGCUAUUGCAAGUGCAACGAGGAAAAAUAAGGCAGAUCCAGGCUGGAAAUAUUGUCAUCCACUGGUGGAAGGAGAUACAAACACCAUUGUUUGUAAUUUCUGUGGAAAAAUCACAAAGGGAGGAAUAACCAAAGCCAAACAACACCUGAUUGGGAAGUCGGGUAACGUUGCAGCUUGCAAGAAAACUCCACCAAAUGUAGUCGAAGAGUUGAAGGAAUAUAUGGCUACCAAAAAAAGUGGGAGCACUUACAGUACUUUUGGCAGUGGUAAUAUGGCAAAUAUAAGAGAUUUUGAAUUUGGUGAACCAAUUGGAUGUGAUGGAAGUGAAGAAGAUGAGUUUGCAGACUUUUGUAAUGUUGCUGCAAGUGCAAAGACAAAGUGUGGAACUAAAAAAGGACCAAUGGACAAAUUUUGUAAGAAUCCAGAAAAUGCAAUCAAUCGGAGAAAAAUGGAGAUGUUGAGGCAAAUGAACAUAAGAGAGUCAAUGGAUAAGAAUGAAGUAUUGAAGGUGCAUCAACAUAUUGCUCGCUUUUGGUACCAAGCAGGUUUGUCAUUCAACCUCAUUAAAUUGAAAAGCUUUGAGAAUAUGGUUGCAGCCAUUGGUCAAUAUGGGUCAUAUUUGCCCAUUCCUAGCUAUCAUGACAUUAGAGUUCCACUCCUGAAGAAGGAAGUUGAAUAUACUGAAAAUUUGAUGAAAGGUCAUAGGGAGCAAUGGGUCAAGUAUGGUUGUACUAUUAUGUCUGAUGCAUGGACUGAUCGGAAACAAAGAUGCAUCAUUAAUUUUUUGAUUAACUCUCAAGCUGGUUCCAUGUUUUUGAAGUCUGUUGAUGGAUCUGAUUUUGUAAAGAAAGGUGAAAAGCUUUUUGAGUUGCUUGAUGCCAUUGUGGUGGAAGUUGGAGAAGAGAAUGUUGUUCAAGUUGUAACCGAUAAUGGGAGCAACUAUGUUUUAGUAGGUAAGUUGUUAGAGGAGAAAAGGAAACAUAUUUAUUGGACUCCUUGUGCAGCUCAUUGUAUUGAUUUGAUGCUUGAAGAUAUUGGGAAGCUUCCCUUGAUAAGGAAGACAAUUAGAAGGGCAAUUAAUCUAGUUGGGUUUAUCUAUGCCCAUUCUAGUACCUUAAGUUUAUUGAGAAAUUUUACAAACAAGAGGGAAUUGGUGAGACAUGCUAUUACUAGAUUUGCCACUUCUUAUCUAACCUUGGAAAGGCUUCACAAAGAGAAAGAAAAUAUUAGAAAGAUGUUUACUUCUGAUGAAUGGACCUUGAACAAGCUAUCUAAGGAGCCUAAGGGAAAAGAAGCUACAAAGGUAGUUCUCAUGCCUUCUUUUUGGAAUAGUGUGGUUUACACUCUUAAAGUCAUGGCUCCACUUGUGAAAGUGCUUCGUCUUGUGGAUGGUAAAAAGAAACCAGCCAUGGGCUAUAUUUAUGAAGCAAUGGACAAGAUGGAAUUGUCAGCUUCAUAG